AUGCCUCUCUUUACCAGCUCCUUCGUUCGAUCGGCAGCCUUUGCCUUCCUGCUUCUCAGCAACUUGUCUUCAGCAGCAACGUCCCCAAACAUCACGGCAGAGCUUGGUCCUUCUCUUUCGGUCGGAGCAAGGAUCGUUUUUCCUGGCUCUGCUGAGUUUGCUGUCGCAACCGAUCGUGACAAUGAGCAAGACCCGCCAACUUUCUCCGUGGUCGUAGAGGUAGCUACUGAGACCGAUGUUGUUCCAUAUGCCAACAACAAGAACAUUUCUUUCCUGGCUACUACAGGUCUGCAUGGUGGUACCACUACGCUUGGCGCGGUCAAGCAGGGUAUCAAUAUCCGGAUGAGAAAACUCAACUCGACCACCAUUGCAGAGAAUGGCAACACUGCCACUUUCGGGGUUGGUAUAAUUUCAGAGGAGGUCAAGAGCAGCCUGUGGGCAGCUGGCAAGAUAACGACUACCGGAGCAUGCGACUGCGCCUCUUCCGGGCACUUCAAGGAGCAGGACACAACUUCGGAAUGGUCACUUCUGUCACGAGCAAGAUAUUACGAUGCUCCCGCGAUGAACUGGGCUUAUUCACAAUUUAUCUUCACCCAUGAUAAGGUUGCAGCCCUGUACACUCUGCUCAAUACCUGGACCGCCAAUGGAACCAAGGAGCAGCCUAUCGGAUAUAUCAACAAGAAUGUCUGGGUACGCAUCCCACCUGUUGACGCCAACAAUGGAGUGAUAGUUUUCAAGAUCUUCUACCAUGGCGUUGCUGCUGUCCCCAACAACUACACAGCGCCACUAAUUGCUCUUGGCCCGGCAGUGACAAACCGAUGCCGCAACAUGAUGUUCCCCAUCGGUCUCAAGACCUACAAUGUCCCAGCUCUUGUAUCGUCUACGGCCGCAUUCAACAACUUGACUUCUGACUCCAGAUUCUUGAACUCGGCAGUCUUGUUCGAGUCUUGUGGAACGCAAGCUGUGAAGGCUGUUGCAGAUGCGAGCACCGCGUUUCCCCACCGUGCCGAUAAUAUUGUUAUCACUCAUGUUAUCAGCUACCCGGUCAACAGCACCCUGGACAAGAACGCAAUCGCCUGGGGUGACAACUUCCGUGCAGCACUACACAAGGCCGACGGUAGCUCAGAAUUACACACAUAUGUGAACUACGCUCACGGAGAUGAGACACUUCAGGAGCUAUACGGGUAUGCGCCUUGGAGAGUGACCAAGCUCAAGGCAUUGAAAUCGAAGUACGACCCUGCCGGACGCUUCGACUUCUAUGCCCCAAUAUAG